AUGGCCGCGUCUCCUGGAGGGAUCCCCGCUGAGCUGCAAGAGGGCAUCACCGCCUUCCUGGGGACGAAGAAGGUUCUUCUGGUGAUGAGCGUCCAGCUGCAGGUGAAAUCCAAGUACGAUGACUAUAUCUUGGUGCUGACGCCCUGGCGAGCCUACGUGCUGCCGGUGAUGCUGCCGGUGAGGGUUCACAGCAGCUUCAGCUUCCUGGAGGUGAGGGAGAUGACGGUGCGAGAGCCCAGCUUGGUUGUCAUAGAAAUGGAUGCAACAUCUUAUGCCUUCCGGUUCAUGUCCUUCGAUGAUUUGGAGCAAGUUGUCAUCCAUGUCACCAUGUCACUUAAGAAGGUCUUUCCAGACUCAUCCCCUGGGAUGCUGCUCAAGAACUCCCCCCCCAACCUGUACGAGAGGAUCCGACGGAUCACGGACUCGCUGGAGGAAAUGCUGCAGAACAGCCCCGGGCCCUGUGGGGGGUUUUCGGAGACCUACGCUGCUUUAUGUGAUUACAACGGCUUUACCUUCCGCGAGGAGAUCCAGUGGGACGUGGACAACAUCUACCACAGCCAGGACUGCCGAGAGUUCAACCUGCUGGACUUCAGCCACCUGGAGAGCCGAGACGUGGCACUGAGCAUCGCCGCCUUGUCCUUCAACCUGUGGUUCACCAAACUCUCCUGCAAGGACUUCAGGCUGAACCAGGAGAUUUCGGAGCAGCUGCUCUACAUGCUCAGCAAAUCGGUGACGCUGGAGGAGUUGGUGCUGGAAAACAGCGGGUUGAAAGCUGACUUCGUGCAGAGGGUGGCCCAGGCGCUCAGCAAUCAUCCCGACUCUGUCCUGCACACCAUCAACCUUGCUGGCAACCAGCUGGAAGACAAGGGGAUUGUAGCCUUCAGCCGGCACGUGGAGAAGAGUCCCAAGGGUCUGCAGAGCCUCAGCUUGGCCAGGACGACACUCACUGCCAAAGGGAUGAGCACGUUAUGCAAGGCCCUCGCAGAUAACAAAGCCAUCGGAUCCUCCCUCCGGCACUUGGACCUCUCUGGAAACCCCAGCACCCUGGCUGGGGACGACAUCAGCAACCUGCAGAGCCUCCUCCGCCAGUGCCACUCGCUCUCCUACCUCAGCCUGGCCGGCACGGACUGCCCUUUGGAUGCUCUCUUUGGAGCCCUGGUCCACGGAUGCCACACCAGCCUCGUCCAUCUGGAUGUCUCCAAAAACGUGUACUCCCACAAGCGGGUAAAAACCAUCUCCCCUGACAUCAAGGAGUUUUUCAGCCAAGCCUGUGCCCUCAGGCACGUCUCCCUGGCGGGUACCAAGCUGCCAGCGGAUGCCGUAAGGGUGUUGCUGCAAGGGCUGGCAGACAACAGUCACAUCAGUGACCUGCGCCUGGAUCUUAGCAACUGCGAGCUGAGAUCAGCGGGGGCCCAAGUCAUCCAGGAUCUCAUCCCCGACGCCAGCUCCAUCAGCAACCUGGACUUGUCUGACAACGGCUUCGACCCUGACAUGGUGACGCUGGUGCUCUCCAUCGGCAGAAGCAAGUCCAUUAGGCAUGUCUCUCUGGGGAAAAACUUCAACAUCAAAUCCAAGGAGGGGCUGUUGGACGUCCUGCACCGCAUCGUCCAGCUCACCCAGGAGGAUGACUGCCCUCUCCAGUCCCUGUCCGUGGCCGAAUCGCGCCUCAAGCUGGGAACCAACGUCCUGCUGAGCGCCCUGGGCAGUAACACCAGCCUCAUCGCUCUGGACAUCAGCGGCAACGCCAUGGGGGACACGGGGGCCAAGAUGCUGGCCAAGGCCCUGCAGAUCAACACAAAGCUCAGGACCGUGGUUUGGGACAGGAACAACACAACCGCCCAUGGGCUCCUGGAGGUGGCUCAAGCUUUGGAGAGGAAUUACACCCUCAAGUCCAUGCCCUUGCCGAUGAGCGAUGUGGCGCAGGCGUACCGCAGCAACCCGGAGAAAACGGAGGAGGCGGUGCACAAGCUCCAGUCCUGCCUGACGAGGAACCAGCUGCGGCACACGCUGCCCGCGCAGACCUUCCGGCUGCAGCAGGGCAUCCUCACCACCUCUUCCGAACAGAUGGUGAAUGAGAUCUGCCUGAGCGUGCAGAAGCAUGUCGACAUCCUCAGCGCCUGCCCGGGCAGGGAGACGGAGGCGGACAUCCUCUGCGCGGAGGAAGCCAUCAGGAAUGCCAACCUCUCCGUCAGCAUCCUGCCGCUUUUGUACGAAGCGGGAAACACCCCGUACCAGAACAGCAAGCUGCAGCACAAGCUGGAGUGUCUCACGGAGGAAGCGUCGCAGACCUGCGGCCGGGAGAUCCAGGCGAUCAUGCAGGCAGCGCUGGACACGGCGCACAGCCUCUGCCCGGCCGUGGUGCAGAAGAGCGGGGUCAGGGACCAGCUGGUCAACGCCAUGUCGGAGCGGAUCUACCUCCAGGACCACCUCAACCUCAGCGCCGUCCUGGACCAGAUGAUCACCGAUGUCUUCAGCAAGCUGAAUGAAAUCAAGCUGUCCGUCACAGCCGCCGUGGCCGACUGCAUCGUGGAUGCCGUGCUGGGAGACCUGACCGUCGCCCAGUGCAAGCUGGCAGAGAGCCUCCCCAAGCAGGGUCUCGACCUCCCGGUGCUGCUGCCAGAGCCGGCUGAGGAUGAUGCCGCCGCGCUGGCGAGGGGCAGGAAUCCUCCGGACCUCGCCGUGGAGGAGUACAAGAUGGCCCUGCGGAGGAAAAACAAGCAUUUCAGGAGCAUUCGGCCCACGCCAACUGUGAGAAGUAAGGUCCUCCGGGGACCAUUGCAGGCUCCGGCUACGCCGCAAAGCCGCUGCCUCGGGGGGCCGCCGCGCAAGCUCUCGGUGGGCACGGCCGCGCUCCCCUCCCCGCGGCGUCACGGCACAAGCCAGCGCCCCGCCAACCCUCGGCGCGUGGGCGAAGGCGAUGGCGGCGACGAUGGGGAGGCCUGGCGAGGCCGGGUGCCAACCGGGGCCCUCUCACCCCUCGUAGGUGUCUCGGAGCUGGAGCCGGUGGCGGAUAAGGACGCCAGCGGACUCCGAGCUCACCGGGCGCCGCCGUCACUCAGCCCCGCCGCGCCGCCGGCACGCCCUGCCUCCACAAAGGAUGCUGAGCCUGCGAGCUGCUCGCUCCCCUCCACGCAGCCUGCCACCGCCACCACCGCCGGAUCCCUUAUGGACCUGCCGACCGCCGGCGAGAAGCUGGAGCAUUGCACCAAAGCCAGGCCCCGGCCCAACCGCCGGCACAAGCAACCGCCCAGCAAGCCGAAUGUGCAGCCCGUGGCCUGUGAGAACAGCGAGGACAGGAGCAUCACCCGCGUGGACGAGGGGCUGGAGGACUUCUUUGCCAAGAGGCUCAUCCCAGAGGAGCUGCCCCCCACGGCUCCGGAGACCUGCCCUGGAUCAGCCCCUCUGGCCCCCUCCGGCUCCCGCACCCUCAAGAAGAAAAUCGGGAAUUUUUUUGCCUUCAAGAAACCCAAAUCCAGCCGGGGCUCGAGGUGUGAGAAGGAGCCCGAGGGUGGCCCCGCCGCCCCCAGGAGCAGGCGCUCGAUGCUCAGUGACAUUUUACGGGCCCCCAGCAAGGCGGGCGAGGCGGGCAAGCCGCUGAGUAAAUCGGAGGAGGGGGGGCUCGCUGCCGAGCCCCGGGCAGAGCCCGAGCACUGCCAGACCCCUGACUCUGCCCGCAGAAUCCGGCCCAAGUACUCACGGGAAGGCAAAUCCCAGUCGCUCAUAUUGCUGUCCGGGGAGGAUGAGGAUGCGCUGGGGGUCAGGCAUGACAAGAAGAGGCACCUGGAGAAGAGCGAGGGGGAGCUGCCCGGCUCCUUUGAGCAGCGCGUGCAGGUCAUGCUCCACCGCAUCGGCGUCACCAAGGGCCCGGCUGCCGAGGGCAAGAAGCAGCAGAGCAAAGACAGCGAGAUCAAGAAAGCCGGCUCAGACGGGGACAUCGUGGACAGCUCUGCAGACUCCCCCCCCUCCCUGAAGGCCCGCACGCACUCCAUGUCCACAGACGCACCCUUCCGCAGCUCGGCCGCCGCGAUGGAGCCCAGCGCCGGCGUGGCGGAGCCCCGGCCAGCCUGGAAAGCCCUGGGGAGGCAGCUGCCCGCCGAGCCGCAGGGCACCAGCUCCGACCAGCCCCGGCGCUCCUUCAUCCUGGCUGAGCCCAGCUGGCUGCCGGAGCCCGGGGGUCGGGAGGGUUGGAGCAGCAGCCUGCCACGGCCGGGAAGGAGUGUGCCGACAGCGCUGCCGCGGAGGGUCAGCCAUGGUGGGGAGGUGGGUGCUGGCAGCCCCCUGCCCACAGCACCCAACACUGAAGACAACCGGCUGACACCGUGGCUGGCAGCACCGCGGGGAACCGGCCGCCGAGCUGUGUCCGUCCACGAGGAGCAGCUCAGGGAGCCCGAGUGCCCGGCGGAGCUGGGAGCGGGCACCGUCCCCCCGCGCCUGCGGCGGUCGCCCGUGUUCAAACGGAGGACCAAGCACGACUCCCUCCCGGAGCCGGAGGGCAAGCCCAGACCAUCCUCGGAUGCUGCAGGUGCCACGCUGCAGGACUGGCCCCGUGCCGGGCUGGAGGAGCCGCAAACUGGAGCGGGCACGGAAGGCGAGCGACCGCAAGCCCUGGCACAAACUGUUGCGAACGCACAAGAUUCAGCAGCCGUAGACCAAAGACGCCCGGUGCCGGGCCGGGGGGAGCCAGCCCUGGGACAGUGA